CUUGGUCUCGGCAUGCACCUCGCACAUCUCAUCCUCACCGUCUUCCUGGGCCAGCUCCUGGGCACCACGGGGCAGGACACGGUCACCCAGGAAGAUGGACCAGUCACGGUGAAGCAGGGACACCCCUUCCACACCACCUGCAAAUACCACACCAGUGCUUUUACUGCCUUGCUGUGGUACCAGCUGAGGAAAGGCCAAGCCCCAGAGCUGAUCUCCUAUCAAGCAGGGACUGGCCCCAAGCGCAGCGGCCGUUUCACCACGUACCUGAACACCACGGGCAAAUCCAGUGUCCUGCAGCUGGAGGAAGUGGAGCUCUCUGACUCUGCCUUGUACCUCUGUGCUGUGCAGGACAUUUCAGGAAGCAGCUAUGCAAAGUUGCAGUUUGGCAGAGGAACGAGGCUCAGUGUCAAACCAAAAGUUACUCCAUCCCCCUCAGUCUACAGGCUGACCUCCAAAGAUGCCCAGGAUCUGGAGAUGUGUCUCAUCACAGAUUACUCCCCUAAGAAGCUGACUCUGAGCUCAGCUGAGCAGCACACAUCUGCUGUGGUGGGGGUGGCCACUGACGGGGACCGUGAGGAGUCCAGCUACCUGUCCACCUACUGGGCCAGGAGGGACCAGCUGCACUGUGCUGCCAGCCACGAGGGCUUUGGAGAGCUGGAGGGAGAGGACCCUGAGAGUGGUGCCAGUGCUGUCUGUGUCACAGGGCUGUCCCUCCACUUCAGGACAGAUGAGCACUUGAACACCAUGUCUUUGUCACAGCUGGGCCUCAAAAUCGUUUUAAUAAAAGCAGUCAUUUUUAACGGGCUGAUGACAGUGCUUGUGUGGAAGAAUAAAAAGGACUGAGAGGAACGAGCUGGGGCAGUCCUGAAGUACCAAACCCAUCAGCUUUGAGAGAGCAUCGUGGGCAAGAGGGAGCUCAGGGAAAUUCCUCGUGCAAGGGACAUCCCCUGCUGCUCUUACACAUCACACCAGCC